AUGGAAUGGAAAGAAGGCGGCCGCUUGUCCGGACGCGGGUAUCCGCGGGUGCACGCUCUGUUCGGGUAAAUAAUAACACAACCGUGUUUGCGGGACGUCGGAAUGGAAAACGGGAGGGUUUUUUUUUCUCGCCCCCCCCCCUUUACGGCCGGUACCGCGCCUACCGUAAUAUCGCAGACGCCCGACGGCGGUUUCUGCUCUCCCGUUUCCGGUCAAUGUUCGCGUUCGCCCCGAUUUCGAAAAACCCGACGGCCGCCUCGCGAGUCGCGCGCCUGACGUGUGUGAAAUCGUCGUCAGAAAAAAAAUAAAAAUAAAAAAAAAACCCCCCCGACGAAAACGCCCGCCGACAUUUUGCUCGCGCGCCUACUGAAUAAUUGAUCGCAUCUCUAAACUGUUACGAUGUUUUUUUUUUUUUUUUCUACAGCCUCGAGUUUUGUCCGGUUGCCAAACGGGGAUUCGAUUAUUUAAUGACCACGCUUGUUCGCGUGGUUUUGUUUUGUUUUUUUUUUUUUUCAGCGGCCGCCGCUGUUCCGAGAUGUACGUGGUGCCCAUCCGCCUGACAUUCCGUUUUAUUCGAUUCGGAUUGUUUUACUACCGCGGCACAACCCACUGGUGGAAAAACUGACGGGAAGAAAAAACUCCUAA